AUGGUACAGUGGCAGACCAAGAGAGGCAAGAGCAUAAUUGCAGCUCUGGCAUUCGCUCUUUCCAUGCUAUUGGUUUCUUCCCAUCAAAUCGAUGCCUACAAUGGUGGCGGUCAGCCCGACAGCCAAUUUGUUGCCAGCAACAAUCGCCCAGGCAUUGAAAUUGUUCAGGCAUCUCGGUCGGGUCACAUCAGCAACAGUGUGCACUCAGUGGCCAGCACUGGUACCCAAGAAACUAGCUUGCAACUACCUCGAGGAGGAGGAGGCAAAGCUGCCACUGCGGAAGAAGUUCUGGUUUCAGCACAAAGGCAGACAAAAAAGACCUUCAAAGAAGCAUUCAAGGACUUGGCUACCUACAUGCAUGGGCCGAAAUCAGAUACUCUGCUUCUGUUGUUAGCCACGGCCUUGAUCACCCCUGUUUGCAAGCGCAUGGGGACGUCCCCUAUUCUGGGAUUCUUAGCUUCAGGGAUGUUGCUUGGGCCCAAUGGUUUCGGGCUAAUUAGUGGAAUCCACACAACCGAGACUUUGGCAGAAUUGGGGAUAGUUUUCUUCCUCUUUGAGAUGGGAAUUGAACUGAGCUUUGAACGUCUCCUGAGCAUGCGAAAAGACGUCUUUGGUUUGGGAUUCGGACAAUUCAGUUGCACUGCUCUUGCUGUGGCUGGAAUAGGCAAACUGUUCGGGCUCCCAGCCAAUGCUCUGGUUGUAUUAGGCGGAGGCUUGGCGCUGUCCAGUUCUGCAUUUGUAUUACAGCUACUGAAAGACAAGGAUCAGUUGGCCACUCGAUUUGGCAAAGCCGCUUUUGGUGUUCUCCUAUUUCAGGAUCUUGCUGUAGUGCCACUUCUGGUUGUGACUCCCAUCCUUGCUGGAAGUGGUCAAGGGUUGGCAUCAGCUGUGGGAAGUGCUGUGAUAAAAGCAGCUAUGGCUCUCGGGGCUAUUGCAUUUGCGGGGCGCGUUAUCCUGAAUCCACUCUUCAAAACUGUGGCGUCGGCGCAAUCUCAGGAAGCCUUCCUAGGGUUGAUUCUGCUCACGGUCCUUAGCAUGUCCUUCAUGACGGAGGGAUUGGGUCUAAGCAACACAUUGGGGGCAUUCCUCGCCGGUGUUCUCCUCUCGGAGACAAAAUACAGGUACCAGGUGGAAGCAGACAUCGCGCCGUUCCGAGGCAUACUGCUAGGUUUGUUCUUUGUUACAGUGGGAUUUGAAAUCGAUCUUGGAUUGAUCGCCUCCAAUCUGCCGCUUGUGGGGUCUAUUGUCAUGGGUAUCAUUCUAAUCAAGGCCCUCGUAACGACUCUCUUGUCCAUGGCAUUUGGAUUGAGUCUGUCAACGUCGCAGCAGACAGGCCUAAUCCUCGCUCAGGGCGGAGAAUUUGCUUUCGUGGCGUUUGGUCUGGCUCGAAGUCUGGGUAUCCUUGACGUACCAACGACCAAGCUCAUGCUCACCAGUGUGAGUUUGACCAUGGCGCUGACGCCAGCUCUUGCUUCUCUCGGAAGUAAAGUUGCGAAGACUCUUGAGGAAAAAAGCGACUUCACGCACUAUCUCGGUCAGGAUCGUGACGCCAGUGAAAUCAAGGAGAGCGACGAUUUUGCAGUAGUUGUUGGAUACGGCGCUGUGGGCAAGGUUGUGUGCGAGCUGUUGGACCGAAAGCUGAUCAAGUAUGUUGGUUUGGAGAUUGAUCCGAAUAAGGCCAUCCAGGCCCGAAACAAAGGACUGCCCGUGUUCUAUGGUGAUAUCGGCAGACAGGAGGUUGCAGAAGCCUUCAACGUUGGGAAAGCCAAAGCAGUCGUUGUUUGCAUUGCUGACAAGGCUAUGGCUAAUCGUGCCGUUAUUGCUCUACGACGAUGGUAUCCUGACCUGAAAAUCUUUGCUCGAGCUGUGGAUGCAGAUCACGCAAGUCGGUUGCAGAAGACUCUCGAUGUAGCUGCGAUGGUCCCAAUUCUACCAGAGGAUAACUUGUUGUUGACACUCCCGUUUGCCGGUGCCGUGCUGAAGGCCCUGGGUGCCCCAGCAGAAGAAGUGAACGCCAUUUUAGAAGUCAAACGUAAGGAAGUUCUCAGCGGAAAGACUCUGGAACAGGACGAGGAACAGAUGGCUUUGCUACAGCUGGGUAUUGACCCCGACGAGAAAAAAGAGAAAGAGGACCCUAGAAUUGAUAUUGAACCUGUGAGUGGACCGGCUGAUGACGAGGAAGAAGACACGUUUUUGCAAACCAUAGAGGCAGCUGCUGAACGAGUUGAGGCAUCAAAAGAAAAGAGCCCCUUUGUGGCACAAGUGAUAGAAGAGGUGUGCCCUGAGAGUGUCACUUUUGCUCCGGAGGAACCACUUGAUUUGCCGGUUUUGAGCGAACCCGCCCCACUCGAGAUUAUUGAUGUUCAAAUAGAGCCAAUGAAUGGAGACAACUCACCGAUCUCCAAUACAACCGAUCCCCCCAAGGUUGCAUCCACCCCCAAAGAAGAAUAG